UUAAUCAUUGUGGCAUGUGAUCAAGGUCAACCACCCUAUGAGACGAUGCAACCCCUCCAGGUAGCGCUGGAUGAUAUUGACGACAAUGAACCUGUCUUCCUGAAGCCACCUAAGGGGAGCCCCCUUUACCAAGUUCUUUCUGUGCCUGAACACUCACGGCCGGGCACCGUGGUGGGGAAUGUCACUGGCGCAAUGGAUGCUGACGAGGGCACCAAUGCUAUUGUGUAUUACUACAUUGCAGCUGGUAACAGGGAGAACAAUUUCCAACUGAGUCGGGAAGGGAAACUGCAGGUUCUUCGGGACUUGGACCGAGAGAAACAAAGUUUCUAUUCCAUCAUCGUCAAAGCUUCCAGCAAUCGAAACUGGAACCCUCCUCAAGGUCGCCGAGCAGCCAGACUCCAGGCUAUGGAUCUCAGCACUGAUGACACCUUACAAGAUGUCCGGAUCUUUCUGUCUGACAUUAAUGAUCAGUCUCCCCGCUUCACGAAAUCGGAAUACACAGCAGGGGUUGCGACCGAUGCAAAAGUGGGUUCGGAGCUGAUCAAACUUGUAGCGCUGGAUGCUGAUAUUGGGAACAACAGCCUAGUCUUGUACAGCAUUCUGGGAAUUCGGUACAUCAAACAACAGUCAAAUGAUUCUGACGAGGUGGCCAACAUUUUCAGCAUUGGUAACCUAGAUGGAAUUCUUCGAACAUUUGAUCUGUUCACUGCUUACAACCCUGGCUACUUUGUGGUGGAUGUCAUGGCUUCUGAUCUGGCUGGCCACAAUGACACUACAGUUGUGGGAAUUUACAUCCUGAGAGAUGACCAACGGGUAAAGAUCAUAAUCAAUGAGAUCCCCGAUAAAGUACGGCAGUUUGAGGAGGAAUUCAUCAGCCUGUUGUCCAACAUAACAGGGGCCAUUGUCAAUACAGAUGAUGUGCAGUUCCAUGUUGAUAAAAAAGGCCGUGUGAAUUUUGCCCAGACAGAAUUGCUGAUCCAUGUGGUAAACCGGGAGACCAACAGGAUACUUGAUGUAGAAAGACGCCUACAGUCCUAUGAGAGGUUCAACCUAACGGUGGUAGCUACUGACAAAGGAAGGCCACCACUCUGGGGGACUACAAUGCUACAACUGGAUGUUAUUGACAUCAAUGACAAUCGGCCAGUGUUUGUCCGCCCUCCCAAUGGUACCAUUCUGCACAUUAAAGAGAUGGCAAUAAUCAUUCUGGCUAUUCUCCUCUUCCUGGCAGCCAUGUUGUUCAUCCUCAUGAAUUGGUACUACAGAACUGCACACAAAAGAAAAUUGAAAGCAAUUGUCGCUGGUUCCGCAGGUAACCGAGAUUUCAUGGACAUCAUGGAUAUGCCAAACACAAACAAAUAUUCCUUUGAUGGAGCAAACCCUGUGUGGCUGGACCCAUUCUGCAGAAAUCUGGAAUUGGCAGCACAAGCUGAACAUGAAGAUGACCUACCUGAGAACCUGAGUGAAAUCACAGACUUAUGGAAUAGUCCCACCAGGACCCAUGGAACCUUCGGGCGAGGCCCUUCAGCUUCCAAGCCAGAAGAAGAUCGCUAUCUGAGGGCAGCUAUUCAGGAGUACGAUAAUAUUGCAAAGCUAGGCCAGAUCAUGAGAGAAGGGCCUAUCAAGCUGAUACAGAAUGAUCUGGAUGAUGAGGAGGAAGAACCAAGGAGCCCUAGUCAAGGGAGUCUUCGCUUUCGGCAUCAGCAGCCUAUUGAGCUCAAGGGACCUGAUGGCAUCCAUGUGGUCCAUGGUAGCACAGGCACACUCCUCACCUCGGACCUCAACAGCCUUCCUGAGGAUGAUCAGAAAAUACUAGCUCGCUCCUUAGAGACACUGACUGCUGAAGGUGGGUCCUACAGUGACAGAAAUGCUCGUACAGAGUCUGCCAAAUCCACCCCUAUGCACAAGAUGAGAGAAGUGAUCAUGGAGAGCCCACUGGAGAUCACGGAGUUAUGACUAGAAGUGGCGUCACUGGUGUAGCCCUCCAAGGGGUCCUGGGCCUACACAGACUCCCGAAGGAGGAGUACAGACUAAAGGACAAGAAAAGAGAAGAGGGCAGGGUCACCAAUGCCAGGCCACCGCCUGUUCCAGAGUCAGUCUGAUCAAGAUAAGACAUCCCUUUGUUCUGGCAGUCCUGAAGAGCCUAGCUCCAGGGAUGAAGGCUCUCAGGACCAGACGCUCAAAGAUUUGACUCACUCUCUUAAUUUUGUUUUUCAGAUAUAAAGUGUUUCAAAAUAAAAGCUGUGGGAGGCCCUGGGAUAUAAGCUUAAAGCUAGAAUUGCAAUAAUCAUGGUGCCAUGUUCCAUCACUAGGGUCAACAAGGCUCUAUAUAACAAGUUCUCGACUGGAUCAAUGUGUUCUCCUGCCACCCUGAUGAUAGC